AAGUCGUUUUUGUGGGAAAACUGUGAGCAGCAGAACUCUUCUUUUUCCAUCAGCAGGAAACAUUUUAAGGACUUCAAGUAAAGCUCUAAGAUGACAGACGCUCCUUGAGAAGACGACAGCAGCAGGUCCAACAGCGAUGACUUUCUGUCCCCUGACCACCUUCUCAAUGGGCAAAACCCUGAUUUAGACGCAGACGGUCAAACCUUCCUCCCUCAACAUGAUGCAGGCAAAAAGCAUGAAACUACAUAUCACAAUGCCUCCAUCAGCAUGUCCGUCUUCAACCUGGGCAACGCCAUCAUGGGCAGCGGCAUCCUGGGUCUGUCCUUCGCCAUGGCCAACACCGGCAGCACCGGUAUGAGGAGCUCAAAGACCGCUCACGCUGAAAGAUGCAGAAUGUGGCCAACGUUUCCAUCCUGGUCAUGUUCAUCAUGUACCUGCUGGCUGCCCUCUUUGGAUACCUCACCUUCAACAUCCAUGUGGGACCUGAGCUGCUCCACACCUACUCAAACUACUACAAGUACGAUAUUCUCCUGCUGGUUGUUCGCCUGGCUGUGUUGGCCGCUGUCACACUCACAGUUCCUGUGGUGCUCUUCCCUAUUCGUACCUCAGUCGGCCACCUGCUGUUCCCAGGAAAAGACUUCAGCUGGAUCCGUCACACUAUCAUCACCCUAAUCCUGCUAGCAGGAACCAACAUUCUGGUCAUCUUUGUUCCCAGCAUCAGAGAUAUUUUUGGCUUUAUUGGUGCCUCUGCUGCUGCAAUGCUGAUCUUCAUCCUGCCCUCGGCGCUCUAUAUCAAACUGGUUAAGAAAGAGUCAUUGAUAUCAGUUCAUAAAAUUAUGGCUGUGGCGUUCUUGAUCAUAGGAUUUAUUGUCAUGUUUGGCUGCAUGACUCUUAUCAUCCACGACUGGAUCAUGAACUCUAUGAAAGACCAAGGUCACUGAGGCUCCAACUCUUCUGCUGGUGGACAGGAGCUGAAGUUUAUU